GUUGUGCUUGGAUGACAAAUUGUAACAAUAGGGACCAAACUAUAAAACACUUCUAUCAUAAAUUCAUAACAUACACUUUUACUACAUGUUGUUUGGGAAUAUGUCUGUUCUAUCUACCACAGACUUGCAUCGUAUUUUUGAGAAGCUAGACACAAAUAGCGACGGUUUUCUGAGCCUUGAAGAAAUGAACUCUUUGCUGCAAAAUAUAGGAAACAACAAUUCUCAAUUCACCUUACAUGAACUUGAAUCUCUGGUACAAAAGAAGAGCUUAGACUUCAAUGAAUUCUUGUUCUUUUACAACUCGAUAUCGAAACCGAACAAUGAUGAGGAUGAUGAUGAUGAGUUGUUGGAGAAGGAUCUUGCAACAACUUUCAAAGUGUUUGAUUUGGAUGGUGAUGGAUUCAUCACAAGCCAAGAACUUGAGUGUGUGUUGAAGAAACUUGGAUUUUUGGAUGAAACAAGUGGCAAAGAUUGUAGAAGCAUGAUUCAGUUUUAUGAUACUAAUUUGGAUGGUAGGCUUGAUUUUCAGGAAUUCAAGAACAUGAUGUUGCUUACAACUGCAUGAUUAAUUAAUCAAGUUUUUAAAUUUUUUUUUGUGUGAAUUUGUUAUUAGUGUUAAUUAAUUUUAUUGAUUUAGGUCA